AUGACCAAGAUGAACAAGGGCGAAAGACCGUUCCAGUGCCCAGCGUGCCCUAGUCGCUUCACCCGACAAGAGAACCUAAGUCGCCAUACCAGCUCUGUUCAUCAAAAGUCGAAUUUGAGGCCCUUCCCAUGCCCCCACUGUGAAGUGAGCUUCUCUAGAAGCAUCAAUCAGGUCAGGGAGCGGCGAUGCUCUAGAUUCCAAGAGGUCUGGGUUAUGCAAGCCUACUUGCUGUUCGAAUACUAUGCUAUUCAUUGCUGUGACGAUGGCCGAUUUUCGGUUGCACUGAAGAUCCACCGAAAGAUUGUAGAUGCAUCACGUCAAUACCAACUUUUACAGGACAGGUUUACUCUUGGGCUGGACGAGAGUUUCAACAGUCCCACAAGCAUCGAUCAUACGGCAGCGUACUCCACGGAGUCGGCUUGGCACGCCGCGAUCCAGAAUGAGUCAAGAAAACGAAUCGCAUACUGUUUAUACUACUUGGACGCUCAGCUGGCGAUAUGCUGCAACAUGCGACCGCUCCUGGCAGCUCUCGAGAUCAAGUACGAGCUGCCAUGCCGAGAUGAUAUAUGGGAAGGAACGACAGCCGAGGACUGGCAGGCUCUAGUCUUCGCCCAGGAUGGGUCCUUCAACGAAGAGGAGGAUGACGAUGCUAAUGCUGAGCCCCGGCCUGCUCAUGGAGACCUUUACGGGUGUCUGGCGCGUUUGAUGAACCCCGAUCCGUCCGCGCGGGGUCGUCCACCAGGUUUACUCUGGCAGUCGUCGUUCACAUGCUUGGUGCUCAUAAUCCAGAUAUUGAUGAUGACACGUGAUUUGACACUGGCGGGGUCUUUCUUAUACCACAACAUCCGGCCAGGAGAAAGCAAGAACAACUUAUCGAUUAUCUCAGAAGUCAACCGAGCGCCGAUAAUGCAAGCCCUGGAUUCCCUGGCGGAUCUAAUGCGCAAGCCGAGCCACGACCUUGGAAGUUCUUCCACGAAUUCUGCCAGCUGGGACCGCGUCUGGACCAUGUGGCAUUACGCGGCAUUAAGUCUCACUCAUCAAGAAGCUCUUCUAACCAGUGGCAUCGUCGAGUACAGCCUACCAAACGCAAUCUCGACAUGCUGGGAACUGAACAAGCCUCGGUCAAAACAGCACCGUGAUGUUUAUGACGAUAGAGAUGGUAAGCAUGCAGAGGUCAUCAUCUUCACGCGAGCUUUGCUGACACCUUUCGUGCCGGAUAGUAACAAGGAUCGCAAGCAACAUGGAGAACAUCCUGAUGUUCAUGUCUCGUUCGUCGAGGAGUUCUUUCCCUAG